AUGUCCGGAGACUCACUGCAACCUGCGCGCUACCGAGCACAGCACUUGUCGAGAGAUCCACGGCGGCUCGAGAGCGAGAAUGAGGAGGAAAGGAAGCAGCAGAAGCGCGAUGGAGGUGUGCAGUGA